GUCCAGAGCCACCUCGAGGAUGACCAGUAUCCCCGCAGGUCGGGCAACGAGUCCGAGGCACUUUGCGGCGCCGUGGUCUUCGAGACAUCGCCCUGGUCGCCUGAAGUGAAGUAUUCGCUCCGCUUCAACCGGAGCUUAGGCUUCGAUCCCAACAUCCCAGCCUGGGUGGCCAUCUUCAAGGGCGGGAAGCUGACCACAGAGGGCCUGGUGGAAAAGAAGAAGGAGCAGGACGGUCGCUUCGACGCCAGCGGACUCACAUGGUAUGCCCAGAGCGGGUUCUUGUCCCUGCAGCGGACGGUCGACACGUUUAUCGAGGCUGUCGACAGCCACGGGAAGGUGGAGAAGGUGCCCUUGAGUGGCGGGAAUUGGUUUGGCGAGGACGGUCGACCUCACAUCGUGGUGCCUUUCCCAUCGCCUGCAUGGUCCAUCGACAUCUUCUCCGCGGUGAUGCCGCAGGCGCUGUCAUCUUUUCUCCUCAUCUCCCUGACGUAUUCGGUCAGCCGAAUGGUGACAAGCGUUGUCCACGAGCGUGAAGCUCGCCUCAGGGAUGGAAUGCGGAUGAUGGGUAUGCACCCAGCAGCCUUCUAUGUGUCCUGGUCUCUGACCUACGCACGGGCCUUGGCAUUGGGAAAGACGAACCUUGCUUUGCUAAUUAGCCCUCAAGCGAAGCGAGAUGAGACUGCAGAACUGCUGCCAGCCGCGCGCAACCUCAACCAGACGCUCCACUCCCGACAGCAUCUGUAG